UUAAUGGGUCCAAGGGUUAGACAGACACAUACUGGACACGACACCCCAAGGCUAAACCCUGCCAUUCAGACCUGGGGGAGCCAGAGGUGUGUGUAGAGGACAGGUGUGUUUAGAGUACAGGUGUGUGUAGCGUUCAGUACACCAUUCUGACAGAGAGAUACAUCCACCAGUGAGUGGAUCAGGACUAAGCAUCGUAGAGAGAGAGAGAUACCUGGACCUAGACGAUCAUCAUCAUGACCAUGACCAGCAUUAGCCGCUCCUGGAUCUCUGGGCUAAUCAUCUGCCUGUUUAUCACUGCUGUUUCUGCUAGCAGUACCCCAAUGGCAUCUACAGAAACCUCUGAAACUACAGAACAACUUUCAACUACAGAAAUCCCUGCAACUGCUACAGAAAAUCCAAGUACUACUGAUGCUGGACUUACAGCCAAAACAGGUACCACUGAUGCUGGACUUACAGCCGAAACAGGUACGACUGAUGCUGGAAGUACAGCCGAAACGGGUCCCACUGAUGCUGGAAGUACAGCCGAAACGGGUACCACUGAUUCCGGACCUACAGCCGAAACAGGUACCACUGAUGCCGGACACAUCACCGAAACAGGUAGCUCUGACGCCGGACCAAUCACCGAAACAGGCACCACUGAAGCCGGACCCAUCACCGAAACAGGCACCACUGAAGCCGGACCCAUCACCGAAACAGGUACCACUGAAGCCGGACCCAUCACCGAAACAGGUACCACUGAAGCCGGACCCAUCACCGAAACAGGUACCACUGAAGCCGGACCCAUCACCGAAACAGGUACCACUGAAGCCGGAUCCAUCACCGAAACAGGCACCACUGACGCCGGACCCAUCACAGAAACAGGCACCACUGAAGCCGGACCCAUCACCGAAACAGUUACCACUGAAGCCGGACCCAUCACCGAAACAGGCGCCACUGACGCCGGACCCAUCACCGAAACAGGCACCACUGAAGCCGGACCCAUCACCGAAACAGGUACCACUGACGCCGGACCCAUCACCGAAACAGGCACCACUGAAGCCGGACCCAUCACCGAAACAGGCACCACUGAAGCUGAACCCAUCACCGAAACUGGUACCACUGACGCCGGACCUAUCACCGAAACAGUUACCACUGAAGCAGGCACCACUGACGCCGGACCCAUCACCGAAACAGGCACCACUGAGGCCGGACCCAUCACCAAAACAGUUACCACUGAAGCCGGACCCAUCACCGAAACAGGCACCACUGAAGCCGGACCCAUCACAGAAACAGGUGCCACUGACGCCGGACCCAUCACCGAAACAGGUGCCACUGACGCCGGACCCAUCACCGAAACAGGCACCACUGAAGCCGGACCCAUCACCGAAACAGGUGCCACUGACGCCGGAACCAUCACCGAAACAGGCACCACUGAAGCCGGACCCAUCACCGAAACAGGCGCCACUGACGCCGGACCCAUCACCGAAACAGGCACCACUGAAGCCGGACCAAUCACCGAAACAGGCACCACUGAAGCCGGACCCAUCACCGAAACAGGUACCACUGAAGCCGGACCCAUCACCGAAACAGGCACCACUGACGCCGGACCCAUCACCGAAACAGGCACCACUGAAGCCGGACCCAUCACGGAAACAGGCACCACUGACACCGGACCCAUCACCGAAACAGGCACCACUGAAGCUGAACCCAUCACCGAAACAGGCACCACUGACACCGGACCCAUCACCAAAACAGGCACCACUGACGCCGGACCCAUCACCGAAACAGGCACCACUGAAGCCGGACCCAUCACCGAAACAGGCGCCACUGAUGCCGGACCCAUCACCGAAACAGGCACCACUGAAGCCGGACCCAUCACCGAAACAGGUGCCACUGACGCCGGACCCAUCACCGAAACAGGCACCACUGAAGCCGGACCCAUCACCGAAACAGGCACCACUGAAGCUGAACCCAUCACCGAAACUGGUACCACUGACGCCGGACCUAUCACCGAAACAGUUACCACUGAAGCCGGACCCAUCACCGAAACAGGCGCCACUGACGGCGGACCCAUCACCGAAACAGGCGCCACUGAAGCCGGACCCAUCACCGAAACAGGCGCCACUGAAGCCGGACCCAUCACCAAAACAGGCGCCACUGAAGCCGGACCCAUCACCGAAACAGGCGCCACUGAAGCCGGACCCAUCACCGAAACAGGUACCACUGAAGCCGGACCCAUCACCGAAACAGGCACCACUGAAGCCGGACCCAUCACCGAAACAGGUACCACUGAAGCCGGACCCAUCACCGAAACAGGCACCACUGACGCCGGACCCAUCACCGAAACAGGCACCACUGACGCCGGACCCAUCACCGAAACAGGCACCACUGAAGCCGGACCCAUCACCGAAACAGGCACCACUGACACCGGACCUAUCACCGAAACAGGCACCACUGAAGCUGAACCCAUCACCGAAACAGGCACCACUGACACCGGACCCAUCACCAAAACAGGCACCACUGACGCCGGACCCAUCACCGAAACAGGCACCACUGAAGCCGGUCCCAUCACCGAAACAGGCACCACUGAAGCCGGACCCAUCACCGAAACAGGCACCACUGAAGCUGGACCCAUCACCGAAACAGGUACCACUGACGCCGGACCCAUCACCGAAACAGGCACCACUGACGCCGGACCCAUCACCGAAACAGGCACCACUGACGUCGGACCCAUCACCGAAUCAGGUACCACUGAAGCCGGACCCAUCACCGAAUCAGGUAUUACGGAUGCAAGAACUACAGCCAAACCAGAUACUACUGAUGCUGGAACUACAGCCAAACCAGAUACUACUGAUGCUGGAACUACAGCCAAACCAGGAAUUACCGAUGCUGGAACUACAGCCAAACCAGAUACUACUGAUGCUGGAACUACAGCCAAACCAGGAAUUACAGAUGCUGGAACUACAGCCAAACCAGAUACUACUGAUGCUGGAACUACCGCCAAACCAGGAAUUACCGAUGCUGGAACUACCGCCAAACCAGGAAUUACCGAUGCUGGAACUACAGCCAAACCAGGAACUACUGAUGCUGGAACUACAGCCAAACCAGGAACUACUGAUGCUGGACCUACAGCCAAACCAGGAACUACUGAUGCUGGAACUACAGCCAAACCAGGAACUACUGAUGCUGGAACUACAGCCGAACCAUCUUUGCCAAGUACAACUUCUUCUACUAUUGCCACCACCGCUACGCCACCAAUUCAGUGUGAGAACGGAGGUACACCUGAAGGACAGUCUUGCAACUGUCCUCCUGACUUCCACGGGGAGACCUGCAGAGAUUUUAAAACUGACAUAGUGCCAGGUACGCUCAAUAGGACAGCGGUGGUUAAGGAUAUGGUUACUAAUUCCCCGUACAUAGAAAAAUAUAACAACAAAACUUCAACUGAAUACACAGACAAGGUCAAGGAUUUCACAACAGAGAUGGAGGAAUACUACAGGAGUAAAGGGAUACGGAAUUUCACAGUGGAAAACGUAACUCUGAGUAAUGGGUCAGUUAUGACCACACGCUUGGGACGAGGUAUAGAGGAGAAAAGGAUGGAAAACUCCUUGUACAACCCCAAGGCAGAAUCAUAUCGUUUGAACGUCGAACACAAUAUCAUUCUGACGGUUCUGAAUGAACCAGGAGCUGAGCAACAGUACAAGAACUUCGUAGACGACGUUAAUUCAGCUUUGCAAAAUCUGUCAUUGUGUUCAGCUCUUCGCUCAGGAUGUCCUACGUUUACUGUUGUGUCAGUGAAGAAACUACAAGAAACGCCACUUGAUGAGAAAGCUGUAUGUCAGAAAACAAUCAACCUUGAUUUUGCUAAAUACUUUGAGCCUUACAGUAAAGACGGGAAGUUGCUCUGUUUGACGGCAUGUGACCCCAGACAUAAUAACACUAAAAACUGCAACAGCGGUAUCUGUGAAGUAACCAGAGCCGGACUGUCAUGCAACUGUAAAAACACAAACUCUAUCUGGUACCUGGCUGACUGUAACCACCCGAUCCACAAGGCUGGGUUAUAUGCCGGAACCAGUAUAACUGCCGGGGUUGUCCUGGUGAUAUUUGGUGUCCUGACAGUGUUCCUGGUGGUGAACAAGAAAAAGGAAAAGAGGAAUAAAGACACUAAGCAGGAGAUGGUAAACCAGUGGCUUGAGGAUGACUUUGAAUGGCCCACACCCAACACCAGGUCCACCACAACACCUCACCCAGGGACGUACGAUAACCCAGCAUACACCAACGGGGUGUCAAAUAUCUACCAACACUCAAGCGGUCCUCUUCCAACCUACAACCCCAACCCACAGUCGAGCGAAAGAUACCCUCCACCAUACUACCCCUCAGAGCCCCACAACCAAAUGCACAACUUCCCGAGCAACCAGCCUGUAAGGAUCAACCGACCGCAGAUCAGAACAUCUUAUGACUUGUAGCAUCCUCUUACUAACAAGAAAAAGUGCCUACAGAUGCUAAUUUGAGUCAGUACAUUCCUAAAGAAAAUAUUGCACUUUUUACUCCAUACAUCUUCCCUGACAAUCAAAAGUACUCAUUACGUUUUGAAUGCUUAGCAGAACAGGAAAAUAGUCCAAUUCAAGCACUUUUCAGGAGAACAUGUGACCAUCCCUACUGCCUCUGGCCUGGCGGACUCAGUAAGCACAAAUGUAAGCACAAAUGCAUCUUUUGUAAAUAAUCUCUGUUGGUGUUGGAGUGUUGGAGCAUGCCCUUGGCUAUCCUUACAUUUUGAAAAAAAUUAAAUGGUCUGAUUUGCUUAAUAUAAGGAUUUUUAAGUAAUUUACACUUUUACUUUUAGUAAUAAUAUUUACUUUUGAUAUUUAAAGCCAAAUACUUUUAGACUUUUUCUCAAGUAGUAUUUUGAUGACAAUUGGGUACUUUUUCCACCACUGUGUGAUAAAUACACAUGAUUGCUUGCUUGUCUAUGGCGGCCUGAAUAAGCCACAGCUCUCUGUUGUUCAUUAAUCCUCGAGUCAAUUUUGUGAAUCGAAUUAGCAUAAUACAAAAUCCUCAUACAAAUCUGUUUUGUUUAAGCUUGAGAUAUCUGUUUCUAUGCAUGGGCUGCGUCUCAAUUCAUUGCAUCCACGGAUAUCGGCCUUCAGGAUCUGCUGUGAAAGGUGGCAGAACUACAGUUGUGUUUGUCAGAUCAGAAGACCUCCUGAAAAUCAGUACAACUCAAAACAAACUUCCUUUAAAAAAAAGAUUGGGGGGCUCUCUGUUUUUCCAUGUGUGAAUCUAUGAUUCAAUGCAUUUCUUUGACCUAAUAGCAGUAAUGCCAAAUUCAAUGUUUCAUCAAAUAAUUUGGGGACUCUAGAGGUUUAAAGCUGCUAAGUAUUUUGUUCUGAAAUGACAGGGUGAUCAAAUGAAGAUCCUACAUCUGUAUGAACAAAUUGAAUGUGUAAAUGUGGUAAAUACACAUAGGAUUGCUUGUUUAUGGCGGCCGAAUGAGCUGCUGGAUACUCUGCUCUGAGACGGUGUCUCUGCCCAUGUUGUCCAAGUAUGUAUAGCAUAUGUUCUUCCAGGAGGGCUUCGCCCAUGAGAGGAUACCCACAGUAUGAGACCACUGGUGGCCAGCUCAGGAUGCCUGAAACAUAUAGGAUUAAAACAGCUAUGGUAUUUAUACUCAUAAUAUAAUAUUUAUUCAUUUUGACAGUGGAUCAAAUAUAAUUUUAUUGCACUUUAAGAUGAUUUCAAUGUGCAUUUGAUCGUUCUAUGUCUAGCAAUAGUUAUGGAUGGUUAUAAGUAAUAUAGCUUUUAUUUAUUUAUUUGUCUUUGUUUACUUGUUAUUGUAUAUUAGCUCUGUAUUACACUGUAUGCGGUCUGCCAAACAAUUUGUAUCACUGUUAAUACUGUUAUGUAAAUAUGUCAAUCGUAAAUCAGAAAUUGAUAACUAUGAUUUUUGUUAUCAAGAAAUAAAAUAGUUUCUGAAA